AUUGGUUAUCUACGGCCGGUCGUCAGGGUUUCGUCCUGCUGCUGUGAAUGUUCGUCCUCCGUUUGUGCAAGAAUUUUUUAAUUGACGAGAUAUUUUAACCGACAUCGAUCGACUCGGCGUUUUUUGUUCUUCAAAUUUUUGGAGGAAAGCUCCUGAAAUGUGGGUGCUGCCGCUUCUUUUGAUCGGUACAGUUUUUGUGACAGCUCAAAAUACUGAAGAUGAUAUUAAGGAUGGUGAAUUAUCCAGAAAAAUAUUAGGCCAAAGUGUUGUUACUUCGGUCUCUGUGGUAAUGGACAUCGGCAAUGGUACCAAAACGGUCUUCACAGAUCCCUUAGGAAAGCCGGUAGAGAAACCUGCAAGUUCUUCUGAAUUAGCAAGUCCAAUAAACCUAUUAAAUCCUGAUAGGUAUGAAUUUUAUACGUUUGACGACAAUGGUAACCUAGUUAGAAGACUUAUGUCUCUAGAAGAAAUUAAAGGAAUAAUAGCCACUGGAGAUAGUGAUGGUUUAGAAUAUGAUUCCGCAAUGGCAGAGGCAUACAUCCCUGAAAAAAGAGUCAAUGAUGUCUUAAAUAACGUCCAAAAUGUCCUGAAAGAAGAAAUGGAAAUUCAUAACACAAAGUUAGAUUCAUUUCCCACAUUGGACACUCCGGAUGUAUCUGAUUCCUGGAAUAUGAUUCUUCCGGCUGUUUUUGGCAACUCUGGAGCGGAUAUAACUCCAGAAAAACCACCUUUGCAUGUAACACCGGAUACCAUUAUGAUUGAGCCUACAGAACAACAUCAAAGUACUCCUAGAUCAACACCCAUGAUUACUUCUACAAAAGGGCAGUCCACAAGUUCUAAACAGGGCAUUAGAAUAUCUUCGUCAACUUCCAAUCCUACUACACCUGCUAGAGUAACCGUCUCGUCUUCAAUAAGUUUGGAUCAGCAUAAUGACUUAAAAACAGAAUCUAAAGAAGAGGAUGUACGUUUGACCCAAGCUUUAGAUUUGACUACUAAAGAAUAUGUUCCAUUAAGCACAAUAUCACCACAUUACGAAAAGGUAACAACUAAUACAGAAAUAGAUACUACCGUACGAACAACAAAAGCUCCUAAUAAAAUUGAAUAUAUUAAAAUUGAUCAAACUACUGAAAAUUACACGAAUGAAAAAAGUACAGAGUUGCUUACAGUAAAUAAUCAAGCAGAUUUUACAACUGUAACUAGUACUGCUAGUGAAAUAUCUCAAACUACUAAUUUGCCUGAAUUGACCAUUCAAUCCGUAGAAUCUUCAAUAAAUUGCACAUCAGUUAAAAAUGAAUCCGAUGGCACAUCUACCAUAGUACCUAUGUCUACCCUAGUACCCAUGUUUGAUGAAGUUAAUUCGAUAUUAAAUCAAUUGCUUUCAACACCGUUUGGUAAUGAACUUCAUAAAAAUGCAACAGAUAGUACAAAUAAUAAUUUAUUAAAUGCAAAUACAGAAAUAAUUAACGAAACUGACAAACUAAGUACCGUAAUGAAUAUUCUCUCUGAUAGGAUUGAAACAACAUCGUUUGCAUCAGAAGAAGUUAAGAAGAAUGAAACCAAAGAUGAUAUUACUACACAUGUUGCUGAAAAUGAUUCAACUGAAGAAUAUUCUACGACUGUGACGCGUUUAUCUGAAAAUACUAACAAAAACAACAAUAUCAUUAACGAUUUUAAUGAAGAGACAUCUGUUAUGCCUACAACUCUACCAACUAUAGAAACUACCACUGUAGAAAAUAAUAAAAACACGUUUUCAACUGAAAAAGUUGAUAUUCGUCCUAUCACCGAAAACCAAUUUAAACCAGUUGAUAAUGACAUUCCUGUUAAAAGUACAAAAUUAGAAAAUACAAAAGAGGCCAUCAAAAACGAUGAACAUAUAGUGAAAUCGACACCUGCAAAUAAAAAUCAAGAUAAUCUUAAUGCAAUUACUAUUUUAGAACCGAUAACACUUAUUGAUAGUAGUACAAUCACUUCAAACGAUUUGAAUGAUACCACAAUAAGAGUACCACUGAUUGAUCCAAGCGAAAGUAAAAUACACACAAUCAAACCAUCUGUGGGGAUAUUUAUAAAUGAAACUCAAAUUGAUAAUGCUGAUGAAAGUAAUAAGAAUAAUACUGCUGUUCUUAUAUCUUCUACAGAAAUGUACGAUGAAAGUAAGAUUACGAUUAAUCUUAUUACAAAAGAAAAUGUUAACAUGAGUGAAACUUCUGUGUCAACAACAGAAAGAUUGCAUUUAAUAACAAAAAAAUUACCUUCAGCAACAGAAAAAUUAUCUUCAACAACAGAAAAAUUACAUUCAACAACAGAAAAAUUACCUUCAACAACAAAAAAAUUACCUUCAACAACAGAAAAAUUAUCUUCAACAACAGAAAAAUUACAUUCAACAACAGAAAAAUUACCUUCAACAACAAAAAAAUUACCUUCAACAACAGAAAAAUUACCUUCAUCAACAGAAAAAUUACCUUCAACAACAAAAAAAUUACCUUCAACAACAGAAAAAUUAAUUUCAACAACAAAAAAAUUACCUUCAACAACAGAAAAAUUACCUUCAACAACAGAAAAAUUACCUUCAACAACAGAAAAAUUACCUUCAACAACAGAAAAAUUACCUUCAACAACAGAAAAAACUUCAACAACAAUAAAAACUCCAGCAACAGAACAAAUCUCAUUAAUAACCGAAAAAACCCCCUCAACAACAGAUAAAAUCAGCCAACUAACAGAAAGAAUAAAUACGGUCACUCAAUCUAUUCAAGAAACAAAAAUAACUGAUAUAAUGUCAAUUAGUAAUGAGGGUGGUAAGAAAGAACCAAACUGGACUUUAGUACCAACUAUUGCACCUCACAGCGGAGGAACUCUUGGUACGCCACUAUCCACCUCGGAAAGUUAUCCUGAUGUUUUGGAUCCUCCAGAACCAAUAAAUUUAAAGGCAGAACCUUUGAGUGGAUUUGGUCUUGAAGAAAGUACUUCUACUUUGGAUAGAGAUAUUUAUCAAUUUUCUCAGUUGUAUAAUGAGUUGGCAUUUGAAUUUUGGAAAACAACCACGAGCUCUUUGAGCCACGCAAGAAGUUUUGUUUUAUCGCCAUUUGGAACAAUUUCUUUGUUGGCUAUGAUAUUUUUGGGUGCCAGAGGUUCUACAUCGGCUGAAAUGAAUGAGAUUUUAAAAUUAGACGACAUGAUUACUUUUAAUCCUCAUUUGGUUCUAAAAAAUGUUGGCGAGUCCGUUAUGGCCGAUGAAAAGGAUUCCGGUGUUGUUACGUCGGCGUUCAUUAAAGAACUGUUUAUGUGUAGAUUGAAAGGUAAAUUUUUGCCUUUUUACAAAGAAAGAGUCAGAGCAUUCUAUGACGGUUAUGCCGAAGAAGUGAACUUUAAAGAAAUUGGAGAUAUUAUACGUAGAAGAACCAAUCUUCAAGUUAAGAAACACUCAGAUGGGAAAAUUGCAGAGUUUUUGACCGAUAUGUCUGUUGUUGGCAGACCUCCAUUAAUUGGAUUUGGUAUAAAUAUUUUCCAGACGGACUGUAGUUCAGGAUUUUCCGAAGGCAGAGAUGGAGAAAUGCAUUUUACAGUUCUGCCAACCAUAAGACAGAGAAGAUUGGUUCCCAUUCCAGCUGUUCUCUAUAAAUCUGGAUUUUUAGCAGGUUAUGAACCUAGUUUAGAUGCUACGGCGGUUUCUAUCGGAGGAAAAAGUCAAACAAUCAGUACUAUUUUCGUAAUGCCCGGACAGCAAGGAACACCUGCACCAGGAGAUGGCUUGUCAAGGUUGGAGAAGAGUUUGGUUGAAAGUUCGCUCAAAAAAGGUGCUUGGCCCAGGCUUUUGAGAUCUUUAAUACCGAGAGCAGGAUUAGAAGUACAAAUUCCUAAAAUAAUUCAUAGGUCUGUGGUGAAUACUACUGAAGCGUUAAAGAAAAUGGGCUUUGUAGAAUUAUUUAAAAAAGGUCGAGCUGAUCUUGUCGGUAUGAAUGGAAUAUCGAAUGAACUUUAUUUGUCAGAUAUGAUUCAAGUCAAUCAGUUUACAACCUGCGCCGAGAAGAGAACUGAACACCAUUCUGAGAUAUAUCCCAAUAGUAUUGGACGAUCGCAAAGAAGUAUAGAAGACCUUCCCUUCAGCAGCAUUGAAGACCCUCUACAUGACAUAAGUUAUUUAAAAUUACCACUUCCACUGAGACCAAGACAAGCUCGAAAACCAGUCACACCACGGCUAAAAUUCGACAGGCCAUUUUUGUACUUCGUUCGACACAAUCCAACAGGACUGAUUCUCCACAUAGGCAGAUUUAAUCCAAGGCUGCUACCGUGAGAAAUCGAAGUCCUAGAUUAAGUGAAGAUGAUUGUACAAUGCUGCAAGGGGGCGAUAAGCGGUUUACAUGGGAUACUAUUUUUCUUCUUAUUGAAUCAAUUCAAUUUUAACACAGAUAUUUUUUCCAUACCAUUUACGGAGUUGUUAUGUCUUCAAGAAGUUGUAGAAUCACUUUAAACACACUAAUCGACAUAUAAAAUGAAGAAUAGGUACUAGUAGGUUUAUCGCGCGUUAUAAAUAAGAAAAUUUGUAUAUAAGUUGCUCUUCACGUUGGCCUAUGCAUUGGGAGAAUGGACUGGUACUGGUAAGCAAAUUGUGAUUCCUGUCCAUAUAUUGGCAGGACAACGCCAACUUGAGGAUGUUUAUUGUUGCGAUUCCAUAUGCAUUAUUCUUGGGCCAGGUAAUAUUUACGUUCUACAGGCCAUGAACAUUGGCUAAUACUAGUUUGUAACGUAUUGGCCAACGUGAAGAGGAGACGUGCGCAACCAUAGACAUUAAAAAGUGUACGGUUAUGUUUAGCUUGUUGAAUUGGAACAGUAAAGUUGUUACAGAAAUAGAUCUGUACGAAUAAUUCGAUUUAAAAAGCAGUAAAUUAUAAAGGGGGUGAGGGUUAAUGUUAUACAAAUUUUAAUUGAUAAUAGCUGACAUCAAAACUAACAGAAAGUCUGCGUUUAAGUCCAAAUUUCAAUAGUUUUCCAGAAAAAUACGUGUAAAGUUCUCACUUAUAACUCAUAAUAUCAGCGUUGCCAGUUUAUGCAGCCCGGCCAAUGUUACAAUGCAGUCGAGCCGUAUAAACUAAAAAGUUUUAAUAAUAUGAUGACUGCUGUUAGUUCUGGUCAAGCUAAACAUCUACAGAGCGCAUUAGGCCGAAGACAUAGUGACUCAAUGAGCGAAGCUAAAAGCAGCUUUGUUUUAUAACUCUUAAUACUGUUGAAUUUCCUUUCGGAUUAAAAAUGUUUAUCCCAUAGAUAUUUAGUUUGAAAGGGUUUGUCCAAGUGGUGCUAAAAUGUUUGUUAGUUAAUUGAAAGCAAAGGAGAGGCUCUAAAGUACGAUUGAAACAUUUUUUAAAACUGUUCUUGUACUUUAGGGAUCAUAUUUGUGGUUUUAUUUCGUCAGGAAUAAUUAUUUAAGCUG